AUGAAGGCGGCCCGCCGCGGCGGCCAAUCCCGACUCCUCCAGCAGACCAUCUGCCACCACCGCCCCUCCGACUGGACCUUCUCCGUCUCGUGGGGCUACUCCGCCCACGUCUACGAGACCGUCCUCCCCCGAAGCUUCCUCCACACCCCUCUCGAGACCUUCCGCCCGUGGGCCCCGGGCCUCGGCCCGCCCUUCUACACGUUCAACACGCGCCUCCCCACACAGGACCCGUGCCACGCUCCCCACGUCUUCUUCUUCAAGUCCAUCAAGCGGGAAGACGGGCUCCUCGUCACCACCUAUUCCCGGGCGCGGCCGCGCGGAUUGCCCCCUUGCUCCGACCGCUCGGCUGACCACGUGAGGAGGGUUCGUGUUUUCUCGCCCCCGCAUAAACGAGUCGAGACGGAUAGAUGCGAAUGUUGCGACGUUGUUCGAGUGGACGGUGUUGAUGCAGAGAUCAGAUUGAGGGAGUGUUUGACAGAUGAAAUAAUUGCUUAA